AUGGUGUUGCCCCAAGCUGUAGACGCGUUCCCGGCGGCGGGUGCAUGCGCGGAGCUGCUUCUGGCGGAUAAUAAGGAUACGGUGUACGAAAGUGAGCUCAAGAACUUGCUCCGUGAGGUGCUGGAGCGUGGCUUUGGGGCUCACCUACUAUCUCAGCUGCUGCCAGAAUUGGCAGCACUCUCCUCUAUACUCUACCACGGGCUAUCCAUCGGCAAUCAGCAACCGGGUCAGACGCUGGGCGAAGAAUUUUGUGAUAUCAUCCGUGUCACCAAGUCAGGGUCUGGGCCCGUCGUGCAUGUGCGGCUUGGGCGCCAUGUACUGUGGCUUGUGUGUGCCCGCAUGGAACACCAACUUCGACUUCGGCAAGAGGCCGCUGCUGCUGCAGCGUCGGCAGCAACAGUAGACGGCUCCCAGCUCUCUUCGGAAAGUCGACUCAAGGGUAUGGGUGCAUGGAUUGAGAACGAUGUGUUUCCAGCAUCGUACAGCUUCAGCUUAGCUUGUGUGCAGCAAUGGGGGGCUCACGCGCACUUUGCAGCUUUCUACGUUUUUGCACGGCAUUUGCACUUUGCGAAACGGAUAGCCAACAUCCAGUACGUUUUUGUACGAAAGGACUUAAUGCCUGGUGUGAAGUUGUCAUUGCUCGGGUAUAUGAUGUCACUUCGUCUGGUCGCCACGGCGAUAAUCGAGCUCAAGCAUUUGCGUGAACACCACAAGCAAGAGAUUAAGCUACGGCAACAGGAGGCGAGGGCGGCCGGUAUCUCCACAACCCCGUUUUCUUGCUCAGAGAGGGUUCCCACCUCGCUUUCUCAACAGUCCCGUCGAAAAUGUGCACUCUGUUUGGGAGAACGAGUAUCCCCUGCCGUCACUCCGUGUGGUCACGUUUUUUGCUGGGAAUGCAUCGUGGGCUGGUGCCAAAAGAACAAAGCUGAAUGCCCGCUCUGCCGUCAGGAGGCCCACCCUCAGCAGAUUAAGUGCGUAUAUAACUACGUCUGA